AUGGGAACCGCAGCCCCCCCGGCUCUCGAAGCGGCGAAGCCGAAAGUUGCCGGGCCGGGGCUGCGCCUGGCAGCGGGCCCCGCCGCCUCCGCCUGCCGUCAGCCUCCCCUCCCCCCGCCGGCUCCUCCGGGCGGGGCGGGGGAGGAAGGCGGCGGCGGCGGCUGCAGCAGCAGCAGCAGCAGCCCCGCUGGUGGCUGCCUGCAAGCGAGAGCGGCGGCGGCGGCGGCAGCAGCAGCAGGCGAGGGCUGGCCCCGGGCUGGCUCGGCUCCGCGCAGCUGGGACUGCGUGUGCGUGUACAAAGCCGGAGCCCGGGAGCAGCCCGAGGGCGGUGCUCGGCACCACAACGCCAACCCUUCUUCCCUUCCCUGCCCCCCCCGCCGAGAUCAGUCUCUGCCACGGAGGGAGUGGGGAACCGCAGGGGACGCGGCCGGGCCGGCGCACGCCUCAGCUGCAGCCCCGCCGAGGUGGGAAAGGGUUAAACGUUGGCGGGGGCCGGGGGAUGGGAAGCGAGGGGAGGGGGCUGCCGAGCGCAGGGAAACCACAGCGCACCUGGGCUCGGCUCGGGAGCCGGAACGAGUCGCCGUCUCCUCCUCCUCCCUCAUUCCCUCCCCCUUCCCGCGCGGUGCCCGCCCGGCCCGGAUCGCGGCUCUAUCUCCAGAGCAGCGGAGCGCAGCUUCCCCGGUCCUAUCGGCCGCUCCUUCUAACCCCAGUGACCCAGAUAACGCAGCGGCCUCACCCCCCACUCCCGCCCCGCAGCGCGCCGGGGCCCCGGGCCGCCUCCUCCCGCCCUCCCCGCUUCCUGCCCUGGGGCUGCGGGGCCGUCCCGGCGUUGCCCUCCGUCCGCAGCCCCUCCCGGCCCCUGCGGUGGGGCAUCCUCGCCGGGCCCCGUUCCCUCGGGCCGGGGCGGUGCUGCCGCCCCCCCGGCCCGGCCAGGGGUCAUUGUUUGCCUGCGCGAAGCCAGCCCGCCGUCAAAAUACCAAUUAAAACCCAAACAAACACCCAGAGCCGGUCUUUCCUGGACACGCGGGUCGGAGCCACCGCAGCCCCGGCGUUGUUAUUCCUGGGCUGGAAAUAGCGCUGGCUCCGCCCUGACAAUCGCCUGUCAGAGGCCUCUCCUCUCCCCUCCCGGAGGCCCUGCCCUGCCCCGCUGUAUUUACUUUGGAAGUGUGUGCGCGGACGGGAGCGGCGCGGUGCCUCCUGCCCGGCUCCCCCGGCACGCGGGUUGCGGCGGAUCCCGUCCCCGCUUCGCGUGACCCGAGAUAACCCGGCCGGGGGGGGGGGGGGGGGGGGGGCACCGAGCCGCGCCGGAGUCGAAGGCGCGGGGAGCCCCUCUGUGCGGCAUGCGGAGGAGCGGGCUGGGGGGACCGGAGCCCCUCUGCUUGGGGACAGCCUGUGCCCCGCUCGCCCUCCGGGGGGGGCGGCGGGGAGACGGCAGCGGGGCCCGUACCGCCACGAGGGCCGAGCGGCGAAGUUAUCACCAGCCGUGACCAAAAUAAAUGCCUGUGAUAAAAAAGCCCUGACAGCAUGAUCCAUUAUGCGGGUGUCACCGCGUACAACGAGGUUCAAUCAGAUACGUCGGUUGCCGUGGACAACGGGGGAAGCGGCGGUACCGGGCUGACUGCUUUGCUGGAGAGGCGGCUGCGCUGCCCUAAUGGGGGUCACACGGUGCCAUCUGCGCAGGGGUGGCCCGGCGCCGCGGGGAAGGCACCGAGCGCGGCC